AUGUCCUCAUCUCAGCCCUUCGUCCUUUCCUCGCCCAUAGUAGGUGGUUCCAGGAAGAAGUCACGCUUCACAUAUAAACAUCUCCACCUUCUGGGCCAGUCUUCCGUCACCUGCCCUCUGAGGGUAAUUGCGCUGAUCGACUAUGACGCUUUCUACGCACAAUGCGAAAUGGUCCGCUUGGGGGUAGCCGAGUCCCAACCUCUCGCCGUCCAGCAGUGGCAAGGCCUCAUCGCGAUCAACUACCCAGCCCGCGAAUACGGACUGAAUAGACACGUCACAAUCACCGAGGCCAAGACCAAAUGUCCUGAGAUCGUGGUCCAACACGUUGCUACCUGGCGAGAAGGCGACACGAAGUGGGCUUAUCGGGAUGAUGCGGCUAGCCACAUCCAGACGGACAAGGUCUCUCUCGACCCGUACCGGCUGGAAUCCAGGAAGUCUCUGUCGCUGGUCAAGGAGAUACUUCCUCCUCCACCUAUUCAAAAGGUCGAGAAAGCCAGUAUUGAUGAGGUGUUCCUCGACUUAUCCGCACAGAUUCACCAGAUCCUGCUCGAGAGGUAUCCCGAACUCAAAUAUGCACCGUACGACGACCCAACGGAGCAACUACCACUGCCGCCGUCCACAGCCCUGGAUUGGCAAGUUGAUGCGCUCAUUGACCUGGACUCGGCGGAAACAGAGGACGACGACCCCGACUGGGACGACGUAGUCAUGAACAUUGGCUCCGAGAUUGUGCGCGACGUGCGAAAGACAAUACGCGAGAAGCUCAGAUAUACUUGUUCAGCGGGCAUAGCGCGGAACAAGAUGAUGGCAAAGCUCGGCGCUGGGUAUAAGAAACCGAACCAGCAAACCAUAGUCCGCAACAGGGCUGUGCAGCACUUUCUGUCUGGUUUCAAGUUCACCAAGAUCCGCAACCUGGGCGGAAAGCUCGGAGAUCAGGUCGUGGACACAUUUGGCACAAAUGAAGUCACCGAGCUUCUCAAAAUCCCGAUGGAACAGCUCAAGUCUAAACUUGGCGACGAGACGGGGACGUGGCUCUACGGAAUCAUUCGCGGUGAAGACAAUAGUGAGGUCAGCUCACGGACGCAAAUCAAAUCAAUGUUAUCAGCCAAAUCAUUCAGACCGAGCAUCAACACCACCGACUCGGCGAACAAGUGGCUGCGUAUUUUCGUGGCAGAUAUCUAUUCCCGUCUCGUUGAAGAAGGCGUGCUCGAGAACAAAAGAAGGCCAAAGACAAUAACCUUGCACCACCGUCAAGGUGGACAGACCAAGUCCAAGCAAUUGCCAAUCCCGUCAGGCAAGAAGAUUGAUGAAACAUUACUUUUCGAUCUUGCGAAAACAUUACUCGGACAAGUCGUCACAGAUGGCCGAGCGUGGCCAUGUGCGAACCUCUCACUUAGCGUCGGAGGCUUUGAAGACGGCGUUUCGGGCAAUAGAGGUAUUGAUACCUUCCUCUUGAAAGGAGACGAAGCGAAGGCUGCCGUGGACGUGCCCUCUCGAAGCGAUACCACCACCCCAAAUCUCGAGGAGUCCCGACCUGAGAAACGUCGCAGACUUAGUGACGGGCCGAACAUCGCUCGAUUCUUCGCCAAAAGCGAGAGCACUGGCGACACGAAUGACUCGGCGGGUGAAGACCGGGUGCACGAAUCAUCCCGCGAGGAGGAUGUCGAGGCCCAGCACGGCGAACGCGCCGGCCAUGACCAUGACUUGCACGGACGGGAUAUCGCCACAUACUUCUGUCGACCAUGUCAGAAGUCGAUAGACGAAUGCGACCGGGCUGAGCAUGAAGAUUGGCACUUUGCCAAAGAGCUUCAAGCUCAAGACAAGCCCUCUGUCACAGGUCCAACAAAUAGUCGGCCCCCCGGUCUGUUGCAUACCAAACCCAAACGCGGCGGAGCAAGUGCUCGAGGACGUGGCUCAAAACCUGAGAAGGGCCAGAGUCGGCUUGCUUUUGGGUAG